AUGAUUGAAAUUUCGCCGGUCAUCUCAUCGCUACAUAUAAAUCCUGUUGAGAAAGCUUCAUUGUCUGAAACAAAACCUAUAAUACUUUCCCAAGAAAACAGUUUGAAAGGGAUGAAUCAUAUCGAUAAGACCAUUCAAGCAAUGGAUACGGUUCCUAACGUGAGCGUUCAAGAUGCAGAGUUAUUAUUAUCUUUUAGUUCGAAUGCUCAAAAGCCUAGAAAGCUACAUCCUAAAUUUCGACCGUAUCUCGGUGAAACAACAAAUACUCCGCUUUCAUCAUUUAACAAUUUGACAUUAUCUAGUAAUAUAGAAACUAUAUCUCGAUCUGGUUCACUAUGUUCGACAUCGGACGAAUCAUCAUCUGAUAUUUCCUCAAUAGCAUGUACAUCACCGUGUCCAUCAUCAAAUGAUGAAUGCCAAUCGUCUUCACUAUCUUCAAAUGCAAACACGAGAUUUUCUCCAUCAUUAACAGAUGCGCAUAAUCCAGAAUACCAUAUUCUUUAUCUUAAUUGCAAUGGUACAUUUUUCCCCAUUGCUCAAACAUCAUUUGUUGUUCAAACAACACAACCAUCAACAAAUUUAUCAGUAUUAAAGACAACAACCAAUACAAAUCUACUACAGAUUGAACGAAAGAAAAAUUAUAUUUGUUCGCAUGCUGGAUGCAAUAAAUCAUAUUUUAAAUCGUCUCAUCUCAAAGCACAUACGCGUUUACAUACAGGUGAAAAACCAUUCUUAUGUUUGUGGGCGAACUGCGACAAAACCUUUGCACGAUCCGAUGAAUUAAGUCGACAUCGCAGACGACACACUGGAGAGAAAAAGCAUGUUUGUUCUGUUUGUCGAAAAGCGUUCAUCAGAAGUGAUCAUUUGGCUAAACAUCAAAAGCGUCAUAAAAAAUUAACAAAAUUAUCUUGA